UCUCAUCACCCCGAUUGCUCGCUCCCGCUCGCGGAUGCCCGCGCCGCUUGUCCCCCGCUCCUCGUCUCUCACGCGGUCUCGGGAAUAACCCCCCCCCAAAAAACAAAAAAAACGGAGGAUUAACUAAUGGGAGCAUUUAACGCGUAGCGGCCGCCGCUCCAUCGACAUCCAGAGCGUCGCGUUUGGCUUCUUUUUUUUUUUUUACCCCCCCCCCCCCUGAAAGAUGGCGACGGGGGCAGGCUGGCUGCCUCCGUACGGCGGCACCGCGGGCAGCAACGCCAAGUACAACGCUGCCCCGUCCCCGCCGUCCGGCAUGUUCUACGACGGCAGUGUGACGCUGGACUACACGCAGGACCUGCACCUGAAGAUGAGCAAGAAGAUAGCGCAGCUCACCAAGGUCAUCUACGCCCUCAACACCAAGAACGACGAACACGAGGAGGAGAUUGAGUCCCUGAGAGACGCCCACGAGGACGAGGUGCAGCACAUUGUCACCGAAACCAGAGACAAGAUCAUGCAGUACAAGAGUAAGAUGGUGGACGAGGCGGAGCUGAGGCGGCGGCUGGCCACCCUGGAAGAAUCGGUGGAGCUUCACGAACACAUGAAGAGACAGGCUUUAGCGGAGUUUGAGAUGUACAGGCAGAGGAUGGAGGACUCACAGCUCUGCACCGAGGCCCAGCACACACAGAGAGUGGUUUCUAUGAGCAGAGAGGUGGAGGAGAUGCGUCGGGAUUUUGAGGAGAAGCUGCGGGCGUUCAGCCAGACUCAGGCCCAGUUUGAGGCGGAUAAGCGGCGAGCGCUGGAGGAGCUGAGGGCCGCCCACCGCCUGGAGGUGGAGGAACUCCUCAACAACCAGCAGAACCAGAGCGCCACCUCCACCGAGGACCAGGAGAAGCUGGCCGAGCUCCAUAGACAAGAGGUGGAGUCUUUGAUGGAGAGGGUGGAGGAGAUAACCAGGGACAAGGUGCGUCUGAUGGAGGAGUACGAAGCCAAGCUGGGCAAAGCUCAGGAGUAUUACGAGCGGGAGCUGGAGGCCAUGAGGAGAACCCACCAGCUCACCACGGAGAACCUGCUGGCCUGGAAACGGACCGAGGUCGAGCUCCGCAAGGAGUUCCAGGCCCAGGAGGCGGCGCUGCAGCGCUCGCUGUCCAAGCUGAGGAGCGAGCUCCAGAAAGCGCACGAGGAGGCGCGAGAGAACCGAGACAAAACCAACCGGCUGCAGACCUCGCUGGCCAACGCGGAGGGAACCAUCAAGAACCUGCACAAGCAGCUGGAGGAGGCCAUCCAGGACGGAGAAAUCUGGGUGAUGCAGCUGAAGGACACCGAGUACGAGCUGGACGGCAGCAGGGAACGAGUCCAGCAGCAGGCCACUGAGAUCCUCCACAAAGCCAGUCAGAUCGGCUCCCUGCAGGCCACCCAGAUGUCCCACGAGGCGACCAUCAGGAACCUGGACCAGGAGCAGAGCCGGCUGAAGGACAAGCUCGGCCGGCUGGAGGAGGAGAGGGAGGCUCUGCUCAACCAGAGCCAGGCCUCCGGCGAGCAGCACAGGCAGCAAGUGCUGAAACUGGAACAGUCGCUGCGCGAGGAGCACCAGGGUUACGAGAAGGAGCUGUGCCGGCUGAGAGCGCACUACGAGGAGGAGAUGCACCGCUUCAAGGAGGCGCAGGUCCGAGCGCUGGAGGAGUUGGAGGGGAAGCACCAGGCCAUGAGGGAGGAGGCCCAGCAGGAGAAGGAGGACGAGAAGAAACUCCUCGUGGCGAAACUGAGUCAGGAGUUCGAGAUCAAGCGCCUGUCUUUGGAGGAGCAGCGAGACCGCCUCCAGCAGCACCUCGACAACCUGAAGGAGGAGCUCUCGGCCAAGCUCAACAUGGCCAACCAGGAGGUGUCCCACCUGCAGGAGGUGGUGAGGGAGGGCGAGCAGAGCCUGAGCUCGGCUCAGACGCAGAUCGGCUGCCUGCGGGAAACGCAGGAGAAGCUCAAGGUGGAGCUGGACGCGACCCGAGGCCGCGUGCGAGAGACCAGCAACCUGCUGACUGACCUGCAGGAGGAGAUCGAGACCCAGAGACAGCAGCAUGACGCCAGAGUGAUGUCCAUCAGAACCGAGGAGAAACAGAAGGUGGACAAGAUGGCCGAUGACCUGGACCACAAAUGGAGAGAGGCACUGCGGGAGGAGGUGCGCUUGCUGAAGGAGGAGCUGACGGAGGAGUACGAAGCGGACAAGCAGGCGGCGCUGACGCAGGUCUCCCAGCAGAAGGAGCUGGAGAUGAUGGCGGCCCGGGAGGGCUGGCAGAGGAAGGUGGAGGACCUGCUGGAACAGAUCUCUCUGUUGAAGCAGUCCCUGGAGCUGCAGUUGUCUCAGUCCAAGUCGGCUCUGCAGCAGCUGCAGUCUCAGUUCAACCAGGAGAGGGAGCUGCUGAGCCAACAGCUGAAAGAGCUGCAGAGGGAGCAUCAGCGGCGAGAGCACCGGUUGCAGGAGGCUCACUGCUGUGCUCUGAGCACCAUGGAGGAGGCCAGGCAGCACCAGAUAAGGGCCCUGGAGGAGCGUCUGAAGCAGGAGCAGAGGGAGGAGGUGCACGCUCUGAAGGAGGCUCACAGGAGGACCUUUGACAUCCUGAGACAGCAGUCCGACCAGGAGCUGCAGACGCUGCGAUUCGAGCUGGAGGACGAGGGGAAAGCCAAGCUGGCGUCUCUCCGUGCAGAGCUGAACCACCUGCAUGCUGCAUCCAUAGAGCACCUGAAGCAGCUCCACCACAAAGACAGCCACUCCGUCAAACGGGACCUGGAGAAGGCGAUGGAGCACAGCCGCCAGCAGGAGCAGGAGCUCCUCGCUCGCAUCUCAGACCUGCAAGCCGAGCUGUGUUCCCGUAGCAACCGCAUCACCGACCUGGACCACGAGAUCCACUCGCUGAACGAGACCAUCGACACCCUGACCAGAGAGCUGGAGAUAAAGGGCAAGGAGGUGCUGCGGGUUCGCGGCGAAGCGAACCAUCAGAUAAGGGCCCACGAGCAAGACCUUUCAAAGAGACACGAUAGGGAUCUGGGGGAAAUAAGUAUAGUCCACCACAGAGAAAUACAAAUCCUGCUGGGGGACUUCAACAAGGCCCAAGAGGUCCUCAAAGACAAGAUCAGCGCUCUGCAGAUACUGCUGGAGGGGACGGAGGAGAAGCUCAGACACAGGGAAAGCCGGCCAGAAGACCUGCACGUCAUCGCAGAGCUCAGGGAGAUGGUCACCGAGAGAGAAGCUCUGGUGAAGAAGCUGGUGGACGACAAGAAGUUCUACCAGCUGGAGUUGGUCAACAGAGAGACGGGCUUCAGCAAGGUCUUCAACUCCAGUGCCAACGUUGGCGUGAUCAACCCUCUCAUCAAGCCGUCCUGAGGCCGGCGCCACCACGCCGUCGGAGCCGCGAGCGGGGAAGGCGGGAAAGAGUAGAGAACAAGUCCUAAAAGAAGAGGAGCUGUACGCCCAGUACUUCACUUUCUGACCGGCCCCAAAAGAAACAACAACAACAACGUGUCCCAAAUACAACAACAACAACAACAAAAAGAACGAGGUAACGGCACAGGGAGCUAAAGUUCUCUUCUGAGAGACAUUCGGAGCGACAUCAAACAUCCGCACGCGGUGAAGUGUGCAUGGCAGCGGGAUACGGACGCUUUUCCAUUACAACGUGACGUUUGCAUGAGCUCCAAAGCAGCGACAUUUCAUCCUUAAAGAGCCUUCACCGCCCAGGAUUUUUCAAGUCCUUAAAGGGAAAACGUAGUGGACGUCCCCUUGCAGCCGUUCUGUAGUUCCCUCUGAAGACUACAGGAGUGGUUUCCACACAGGAGGGGGUUGGGGGGGUUAAAUCGAUAUCGGGGGUUAAAUCGGGGGUUAAAUCACUGGUAAAACUCCUGAAAAGAGACAACAUCAAGAAGAAGGCUGUAUUAUUUUUUCAUAGCAGUCAUCGAGGUGAUUUCUAAAAAAAUGUUAAAAUGCUUUGUCCGAAGUUAUAGGAGAGCAUUGCUGAUCUGAAUAUUUGAUGUGUCUUACAAGCUGUGACCUGACUGCAGGUGCUUUGAACGUGUUUUUCUGCCUCGACGCUCGCCUUCGGUCGCGCACGACGACCCACAGAAGACGGCACCGAAAACCCAUUCAAAAAACACUGACUUUAGCUCGCUGAAACCCGAGAACGACCCGAGGGGCGCUUGAUUUGCAUUCCCUCACACGCCGACAGGCCCAGGAGGGCAAAACAUCACGGGGGGGGGGGGAGCCAAAUCAAGCGCCCCUUUUUAUAUCCCCGUGACGCUGCCGUCACUCACCCGAAAUCCUCACGUUUUUUCUGCGUAUUUUGUUUUGUUUUUGUCUUUUUUUUUUUUUUUUUUUUUUGUUUGUUCUUGACUAAAAGUUUGCGUCGUUUCCAGGACCCGGAGGUCCGCUCAGCCACGAUGUGAAGUGUACAAUCUGCAUGUGAGCCGCCUGAAAGAGGCCUCGUCUGUCACUCCUGGAAGCCCCCCCCCCACCCCUAUGACGUGAUGCACAUUCAGUAGUUAAUCAUGUAAAUAUUGAUCUGUAAGAUAUAUACGGACGCCGCUGCGGUCGGUUCAUUCCUCGACGCACACUGUGAAGAAGAUAUUUAUUCAAGUGACGAUGUUGAUAUACUGACAUUUACGCUUCGACAUCUGCAUCAGACCACGUAGAUGUUGCUUCUCUCUUAUUGAUGCUUUUUUUCACAUCACAUUCUGACUUCCACUGGUUUUCAUCAAAAAAUCCACUGAAGUAGGCCGACGAGGGACGAUGCUUCACAGCUAAUGUGAAGCUAAUCUGGUUAAGAGAAAAUAUUAUAGAUGAAAACAGGAAACUGACAAAAGGACGAUUACAAAUCCCAUCGGCACCACGGACAGCGGCGAGGCAGAAGACACUGACUCCGCUGCCUUGACACGUCAAAUUUAGAAAAACAAUACUUUGAACCACUUUAGAAUGUAAUUUGGGAUCCACUGAUAUGUCAGAAAAGAGCUUCCGAACCGCUCCUCAAUGGUUCUCCAUGGUGAGCUUGUUCAUUUCAACAAAUAAAACGCUGUAAUGAAAUAGAAAAUAGACGUUCACACGUCUGUAGUUGCUGAUUUGAUGCUUUUGUUUCUUACUGGACCGUUGUUUUAGGUUAAAGUCGUUUACUGUGGUCAUCAGCAGAACUGCAGCUGUUCACAUGUCACGUGACCUUUGACCCAGGAGGUUCAAGUCUUUUUUAAACGUUGCAACCUUUGAAAAUAAAUGGCGUAUGUUUUUUUAAAUACUGGCAUCAGCUGACCUUCACUGAACCGCUGAAAUUGUCUUUAUAAUGGUAUUUUGUUUUUUUUAAUGUGAAAGUAAUUUGAUGUUACCUUUGGGACUUUUCAUUUAACGCCUGUCUUGUCAUUUAUGACGCACAAAUAUAUAACAAUUAUAGCAACAACAAUAUUUAUAUUUAUAUAAUUUAUGUUGUAUGUCAUGGAACAGUAAAAUAAUGAUUGUGAGAUCAAA